AUGUUCGCCCGCCUCACCUCUGCUCUGCUCGCCUUCACCCUCGUCUCCGCCGUCGUCGCUGGUGGACACAAGAACGUCGAUUACCAGCAAUGCAACGGCGGUAAAAUCCAAUGCUGCAACAGCGUCCAGGACUCCAAGUCGCUCGACCAGUCCCUGACCAAGCUCCUCGGCCUCCUCAAGGUCGACGUUAAGCAGAUCACUGGCCAAGUCGGUACUGGAUGCACCAGCCUUAACGUCCUCGGCGUUGGAGGCGGCUCGUCGUGCACUCAGCAAAAGGUUUGCUGCACCAACAACAGCUUCAACGGCGUCGUUGCCCUCGGAUGCAGCCCCAUCAACGUGUCCGUCUAA